GAUAGUAUAAUAAUGGACCUAACAGCCAAGGUUAAGGGAUUCCUUAGUUCGGCAGUGUCAUCACCAGUCAAAGACUUUGAUCUCAAACAAUCGAAUGCUCAUACCAAGUACUGGAAGAUACAUGACGCCACCAAGAAGACAUCUGGUGAGGAUGUAUCUGUAUUUUUAUUCGAUAAGAAACAAUAUGAGAAGAUGUCUAGAUCGGCACAGGAUGAGCUACUUGGUCACUUGAAGCGUGAAGCACAGAGUUUGAUUCGACUGAGACAUCCAUCGAUAUUGAAUGUUGUCAAUGCUGUGGAGGAGACAAAGAUAUCAUUGUACUUUGCAACUGAACCAGUGUUGGCAACAUUGGACAAUCUAAUACAACAGUAUCGUCAACGAUCAAAGUCGAAUCAGGUGUCCAGCGAUGAGUUCAAGCAGCAUCACUUCACAUUCGAGGAGUUGGAGAUACAACUAGGUAUAUCACAACUACUAGAGGGUAUUCACUUCCUCAAUACAACUGCAAAGUUAUUACAUCGUAACAUUGCUCCAGAGUCUAUAUUCAUUACAAAGAAUUUGAAAUGGAAGAUUGGAGGAUUAGGAUUCUCAUGCUCGAUAGAUAGUAAGGAGCCAGAACUAUCAGGAUUGAGUCCUGAUUUUAAAGAGUACAUAUAUGAAGAGGUUGGUUCAUUCCUACCAAGCUUCUGUUAUCUUGCACCUGAAUACGUUCAACAAAGACAUUGGGAGUACAACAGUGACCUGUACUCAAUAGGUCGUAUAAUAUGCGAGUUGGCACUGAACCUCAACAAUCAACACGCUGGCACUGAGGAGAACCUCUCAAAGAUGGGUCCAUUGGCAUACUAUGCCACUACACUGGUCAAUUGUCGAAAGGCUGCAGCCGCCAACUCCAACAACAGUGACAGUGCCAAAGUGUGCACUAUACUGCUGGGUGAAUCAUCACUUCGAGGUGACUUGGAUAGCUUCAUCCGAUCUGCCUACUUCCAAGACGUCAAGGUCAAAUCACUGGUCUACCUCACCAACAUUGUCCAGAAGGAGGAUGAGUCAAAGCUGCAAUUCUUCCGUGGCUUGUUCCGCAUCCUUAGUCAGUUCUCUGAGAGAAUGAGGAUCACAUAUAUUCUACCAACAUUGAUCUCAGAGUUGGCAAACGAAAGAAUAGUCUAUGUCGUGUUACCUAAUGUGUUUUCCAUCGCCAACACAGCCAAGAAGGAACUGUUCAAUGACUUGAUAGCUCAGCCAUUAAUACCAAUCCUAUUGAGCAAGACUCCAAAGAACGAUGUACUCUCUUGUAUCCUUGACAAUGUCAACAUGUUCAUUGAGAAGUCGAGCAAUGAUUACAUCAGGAAGUAUAUCCUACCAGUGGUCCUUGGUACACUCUGUGGACCAACACCAGAGAUCAUCUUCCAAUGCCUCUCACUCUCAGUUCCACUGAUCAAAUACUUUGAUCCUGAUGCGAUUGUCGCUGGAAUGAUUCCUCGACUCACUAACCUCUGUAUUGGAGGAUUCCCUCUACAUAUUCGAACCAAGUCAAUUCACUGGUUCUCAUUAUUGGUCCCAUUGUUGGAUAAGAAGUUGAUCGUUGAUAGUAUGAUACCAUCACUAGAGCGUGUACUAUCUGUUGACAACUCUCCACCAAUCCUUGAGGCAUUGGUCGUCACCUAUGAGGCAGUGUCAAAGAAACUUGGAGGUGAGCUUCUCGCACUCAAGGUCCUCCCAGCACUCAUACCUCUGUCUGCCGACAAGCAUCUAGACCUGGAGCAGUUCAAAACCAUCAUGAAGGUUGUCAAAGAUGUCUUGGCCACCUACGAGAAUGAGCGAUACAACGAACUCAACAAUCUUCGUCGAUUCACAAAGAACACAUCCGAGGAGAUGAACCAGUUCAACAAUGUCAUUGGCUCACCACCAGCCAACUCCAAUGCAAACUCAUUCGAGGAACAAGCGACACCAAAGCAGCAGGAACUACCAAAGAUUACAAUACCAACUACCUUCCUCUCUGGAUCCUCGAGCAGCAUCACAAAGGCAUCGUCAUCGACGCUUUCCUCUCCUCCACCACCCAACACUCAAGCAUCAUUCUUUGACAGUCCAGACUUUUCUGGUAUGUCAACUGGCCCAACUCGAGCAACUCAGCCCACACUCAACCCUCCACCUGCAGCACUCUCUUCAUCUGGUGGAAUGUUCUCCACGCCAGUGAUGACAACAACCCCUUCACAUAAUUCCAACUACGGCAGUAGCACGCCAUUUGGAACAACAAUGACUCCUCAGAGCAUAUCACAAUCAAACAAAUCAUUGAAACCCACAACAACUUCAUCCACAUCUUCCACAGCCUAUGGCGACACAUUUGGUAACCCAUUCGAAUCAAACACGUCCGGUUUGAAUAACUCGACUGGAUUCAACAACACCAUUAACAGCAAUGGAUUCAACAAUAACAACAACACUAGUUUCAACAACAAUAAUUCUGGAUUCAACAGUAACAACAACAUUGGAUUCAACAACACCAUUAACAGCAAUGGAUUCAACAAUAACAACUAUAACAGUUAUAACACCAACACUGGAGCUGGAUAUAACCCUACCAACACUGGAUACACCAAUGGCAAUUCGAAUAACAACAAUACCAACUACUCUGGGUUCAACGGCAACAACAACAACUCUGCCUUUAACAACUAUGGCGGUAUGACUCCUGCCAACAACAUCAACUCUAAACAGUUUGGCCAAGGACACCAACAAGGAUUCAACAUACCGCCACCAAUCAAUAAGCCUGCCACAGGUGGUGCUGGAAACAGGAACAGUGGUGGUGGAAGUCUA